AUUAAAUUCAUUUUUAAUGUAUUUUGAAGCAAACUCUCGUAGUGGAGGGCAAAAGAGAACCUCUAGUGGCAAAGUAUCUAUAAGCGGUGUAAAAAGAAAUAAAAAAAUUGGAUCUCAUGAUAAAAGCCAUACAGAAAAAGUUUCUGAAACUAAAGAGCAAGAAGAGGACUUCAAAAGAUCCCAAGACUACGAAAAUCUUAGCAAACUUGAUGAUAUGAAAAUUGAGAAGCCAGCUACCCUAGCCUCCGAUGCCGACCACAAAGUCCUCUCCCACUAUAAAGAAAUCAACCCAGCACUUCAAGAAAUCUCGCUUAAGAAUCUGCCGAACGACCUCACCCAGAGAAGAGAAAAACUUGCUGAAAUCCAAACCAAGGCAGAAGCCAACAAAAGAUUUGUAGAAGACAGUCUGGAAGAAAGCAACAAGAAGAUCAAGAAAGGGUUGAAACAUGUGAAGGCAAUUGAUGAAGAGAACCUUGGAGAGCAAGAGAAGUUGGAACAUAGACUGGGAGACCUGAGGAAGGAGAGGACUGAGUUUGAAGUGAGAAGAGUGCAGAAGUUAGGUGGAAUAGUAAAUGAACUAUAUUCAGAGCGUUCUGAGUUAGUAGCCAAGUCUAGCAAGAAAAUGGAGAAGAUAAAAAAAUCUCUCAACGAUUUAGCAAGCGGAAUAAGUCAGAAUAUUAACAUACAAGAUCAACCAGAAACAGUGAAAUUACUUAAAGAUUCUUGAGCUGAACUCCCUCAUCUUCCUCAACACAUUGAUCUUAAUAUAAAGAAUGUGGUAAAGACAGAUUCACCAAAGAAUGUUAAGAAAUUAAUACUUGGGCUUGAAAGCUUAACAAACAAAAGUUCAGCAGAUCUGACAGUGGAAUUGAAAGAUUAUCCAGAAUUUGCAAAUGCUGAAUCAGAUCUGAUUGAAGACGCUUCUCAAAUUGAAGAAAAGAUGAUUGAUCGUAUAAACAAAGCUUUAGAAGAGUUAGAUGAAGAGGCAAAAGAAAUCCCAGAAUCUUCUACUCAUAAUCUCCCACACACCUCACCAAGUCCAAGAAAACCAAGAACCGCUACUGACAAAUCUUUUAAACAAAGUCAACCUAAAACUACAAAGCCAUAUGGGUCUGAAUAUUCAGCUGGUGUUUCUGAAUUCCCAGACGGCAGAUCCAGAAAAGUAAUACGAGAGGCCAUAUUUAGCGAUGUUGAUUUGCUCUCUGACUUAGAAAUUGAUCAAAUACUCCCGGAUAAAUUGAGCAAUGCUUUUGAUAAAUUUGAAAAGAGCAUUGAGAAUGGUGUUAAGAAAGAGUUGAGUAAUAUUCAAAAAGCUCAGGAUCAAAUAAAUAAGAGUCAGAUUGAAGAGCAAAAACAUGAUCCUUCCUUUCAUAGUUCCAGCUUCAAGGCUGAAGGCAAAGAAACAGAAAUAACCCUUAAAAUUUGUAACUUGUGAAAAUUGAUGAGCAAAUAUGAUGAAUUGAUUCUACAGAAAAAAGAAUCAGAACGAAUAAUAGAUGAGGAGAAUGAUGCAUACUAUAAAACAAACAGGAAAAAAUUCUUUAAAGGAUAUGUUGAUGGUUGUGGAUUGUGUUAUUAUACUAACUCAAGGAUAAGAGAGAGUUCCGAGAAGAGAAGAUUAGUGGCAUUAAAAGAUGAGGAUAAAGAGAUGUACAACCAAUUGAGUAAAUUAGUAAAAGAUUUAAAGAAAGCUUUUAAAAAAUUAGUGGAAAGCGAAAUUUUUCAUAAUUCUCAGAAUCCUGGAUUUCUAAAUUUAUUUUCAUGCUAUAAUGAAAAUAUGGAAAUUCUCCAAAGCCAAUCGAAACAACAUAUUCCUUAUGGGGUAACAAAAUUCAAACAAAUACUUUCUAAAUCAAAAACUGAAAACUCUUCUUCAAGUAUUUUACACAAAGAACCAAAGGAGUCUUCUAAAGAAACAAUCUCAGCCGCACUCACAAAAAUUUCCAACCAACUUACCCACGAAAUCUUCCUUCUAAAAUCAAGCAUUUCAGAAUACAUCCAAAAAUCCCAUUCCACAGCCCCAAAACCCCCCUCCCAGUCCUCUUCAGAUCCAGACCCCCAACCCACUGAUUCAUCCUCUCAAUCUCCCAAAACCCAAAAGACCCUUUCUCAACUAACAGCUUGCCUAAAAGCCUGCAAGCAAGGAUUCACCGAUUGUCAAACCCAAAAGAAGAGCUUCAACCGAUUUAUUUCGCAGAAAAUGAAACAGAAAGAGGAAGAUUAUAGGUACCUGAAAAAAGAAUAUGACGAACUUUACCAAAAAGUUGGGAGUACUAAUGAGGAUAAUAGAAAAAGACAAGGAGCUUUGGAAAAGUAUUUUAGGAGUGUUGAUAUGGUUUGUGGAAAAGUUUUAAAAGGGUUUGAGAUAACAUCCACAGCUUUAGGCCAGAAAACAGCCCAUCUUAACGACCUCACUAACAAAAUCACAAAAUUCAAUACAAAAAUAACAUCACAUAACCAAAAAGCAACCGCAGUAAACACCAAAAACCUUGCUCUCAUCACUUCCCUCCAAAAACACAUCGAAACUUUACUCACCGACAAAAACUCAGCCUUCAAAAACCUUCGUUCGCUCACCGUAAAAAUCGCCGAAGCAAUUCCAGAAAACUUAAUUCCCGAGUAUAAAGUUGAUAUCGAUGCUCUUCACAAGCAACUUUCCCAAGAAGAAGCCUCCCUCGCAGCUUCAGUCAAAGAACUAAAACACGAAAUAAAACUCCAUUACAAAAUUACUGAAGAAUCCAAUAAAAGAAAGGACAUAGAGAUGGAAGAAGUCAUGGUACAGAGAGCCAAAUGCGAUUUAUUAGAGUUUGUUAAUCAAGAGGUAGCCCAAGAAGUAAAGGAUGUUGAAGAUGAAAUUGACAGAUUGGGAAUAAGAGAGAGGGCAAACGAAGGAGGGAAAGUGAAGGGCUGUAAUGGAUGCACAGUGGUUUAUAAGAAUAUUAGUGAACUGAAAAAUUUGUCUGCAAGUGCUAUUGUAGUACCAAUUAAUGAACAGCUUAGGGUUAAUAAUAUUGCAAAUGAGUAUAGUGGUCUUGAUUUGAAGAAUAAUGACCAUUUUAAGGAUAAGUGAGAUAAAUUUAAGAAAGAGAAUUAUCGUUUGAGAACUGGAUUAUCUACUGUAUUUGAAGCUAAGAAAAUGAAGGCUGAUAAUGUUAUUAUUGCUGCAUGCCCAAUUAUCAACAACACUAAAGGAUUUUCUAAGCAAUUGAUGCAAAAAGUUAUUUUAGGAAUUUUAGACAAAAUUAUCGAUUACGACUUUAAAUCGAUAAUCAUCCCCACGUUCUCCAACAGCAUCUCAAAUUUCCCAGACAAUAUAUUCAAAAAGUUAAUAAAAGAGGAAAUAUUAAAAUUCACAGAACAAAAUUCUGAGAUGCAGGAUAAAGAGAUUAUUUUAUGUUUAAGAUCUGCAAAGGAUGGAGGCUAUAUUGAAGGAAAAGAAGAUGAAAUAGAUCAAGAAGAAACCAAAGAAGAAACCAAGGAAGAGAGUGAAAAUGACAAUCCAGAAGAUUUAAAAAAGAAGAUACAAAAAGUGAAAGAAAGAAAAAAUGAAAUAAAACAACAAUAUAAUGAAUUAUGAAGUGAUUUCAAUGAAUUGAAAGAAAAGAAUGAACAACUAGAGAAAGACAAAAGGGAAGCCAUAAACCAAUUAUUUGAAAUUACAAGAGAUGACAAAUAUUAUCAAGAGUCUAAUGAAGAAUAUAAAAGUGCGAGUAAUGACUCAAAUGAAGAAUGUGAAGAAGAAGCACUCUCUAGACAUAAUUCGAUGCCUUGCAGUAAGAAGAAAGCAAGAAAUAUAAAUGAUUCCUCAUCAGGAUCAUCUAGAAAGAGAGAAAAGAAAUCUAAGAAAGAGAAAAAAGAGAAGAAUAAGUUGAAAGAAAAGUAUGGUUGCGAAUAAUUCAAU